AUGGAUAGUUUUGCGCAGGAGGAAGAUUAUAUUAAAUUUGAUUUUAGUGAUAAUGAACUAUGGAAAAAGAUUGAAAAAGAAUCAUUCGAACCUUCUAAUCCUAGAAAAGGUUUUUUUCAAAAAACAGCGGCAAAAAUGGAAAAUUUUUUUAAAAGAAAACGCUUGGAAAAUGAUACACUUGCUAAUAAACGAUUUCGACGUGAAAUAGAAGCACCAUGGGCAAAAGACUACUCAGAAGAGACGAGUGUUUCUCGUAUUCUUCAUCGUGAAAUAUUGGAUUUUGCGGACUUUAUUUCACCUACCAAAGAAGAACAUUUCGCUCGAGAACUCGUUAUUCAGAGAAUAAAUUCCCUUAUUCAAAAACAUUGGAAAAAUGUGCAGCUUUGUGUAUUUGGUUCAUUUGAUACUAUGUUAUAUCUACCUACAAGUGACAUUGACCUUGUUAUUCUCUCUUCAGGUUCUAGGAUUUAUGAAACUAAAAAAGAUUUGCAUAAGCUUUCCCGUUAUUUACGUAGUUCGAAUGUUGCAAAAGACAUUCAAGUUAUUACUGGUGCCACCGUGCCUAUUAUUAAAUAUAUUGAUACCUUAACGCAGAUUCAUGUUGAUAUUUCAUUUAAUAAACCAGGAGGCCUAAUAUCAGCAAAUAUUAUAAAACAGUAUAUGAAGGAUCAUUAUGCAUUAAAACCCCUUGUUAUGUUUAUAAAGCAUUUUCUCAAUAUGAGAGGUCUUAAUGAAGUGUUUUUAGGGGGGUUAGGAAGCUAUUCCAUUAUUUGUCUUGUUAUAAGUUUUUUACAAAGACAUCCAAAACUUCUCUCAAAAGAAAUUAAAGAGCAGGACAACCUUGGUGUUCUUCUUAUGGAAUUCUUCGAGCUUUAUGGGAAAUUAUUUAAUUAUAACGAAGUUGGUAUUUGCAUUGAUAAUGGAGGAAAAUAUUUUUCAAAGAGAUCAAGAGGAUGGUCUAAAUCCAAUCAGCCAUUUCUUCUUUCUAUUCAGGACCCUGCAGAUCCAGAAAACGAUAUUGCUAAAUCGUCUCGUUGUAUUCUUAAAAUUAAAGCUACUUUAGGUGGUGCUUUUGACCUUUUAGCUUCUAGACUUUAUCACGUUAAUAAAACUAUAAGACCAAAGUUACAUUAUAAACGUAAAAAACGGGAUAUAUAUAUAGAUAGUAUUUUGAGCGCUAUUGUUUCUAUAGAUACUGAUAUUAUUGAGCAUCGUCAAAUGUUAAAACAAAUAUAUGCUGAAAAUGAAAAACGGAAUUAAAAUGAUUUUGAAAUUCAAAUUUAUAUAAAAAUAUGCAUGAUAUUUCUUUAUAUCUUCAUAUAAAUAUGUCGGAUGUUUA